AUGGCAUCCCAAAUCAAGCCGAUCAAAGUCUAUGGCCAAGGCGGCCCGAACCCACCCAAAGUCGCCAUCGUCCUGGCAGAACUGGGUGUUCCUCACGAAAUCGUCCCAACCCCGCUUUCAGAUGUCAAGAAACCCUAUUAUCUUGCUCUCAACCCCAACGGUCGCCUACCAACCAUCCACGAUCCAAACACCGACAUCACCCUGUGGGAAUCCGGCGCCAUCAUCGAAUACCUAAUUGAACGAUACGACACGGAAAACAGAUUGAGCUUCUCCACUGGGACCCUCGAGUCGUAUCACGCCAAACAAUGGCUCUACUUCCAGACCACGGGUCAAGGCCCAUACUACGGCCAGGCAGCAUGGUUCAAGAAGUUCCACCAUGAAAAACUGCCCAGUGCAUUGGAGCGGUACACCAAAGAGGUCGGUCGCAUCUCGGGCGUGCUUGAUGGGUGGUUGGCGAAGCAGAAAGAGAAAUAUGGCACCGAAAAUGACGGUCCUUGGUUGGUGGGCAAUAAAGUUUCCUAUGCCGAUUUGGCGUUUGUCUCGUGGCAGACCGUCAUCGUUGUGAUACUCAGCAAGGAGGAGUAUGAUGAGGACAAGUUCCCAAAUAUGAAGGAGUGGAUGGACAAGAUGAGAGCGCGCCCGACGGUCAAAGGUGUGAUGGCAGCUGCUUUUGCGGCUAGUGGUUAG